AGGAGUAUAUUGCAACUAGCUGCUGACGACUAUACGAGUUUGUCUCGAAUGGAGAGAGAAGAAGAAAAGAGAGAACUAGAUGACAGGAAGAGAGGGCAGCUCUUAUAUGAUCCGGAACACACAGACACUGCCUGCCUCAGGAUGACGUUAUCAUGAUAUUACGGCCGAGGGUUGCCGAGGCCAUCAUGGGCUCAGCCCAUCACACUUCCAAAGUCCCCAGUUUGCAGCGUUUGCGCUGCAAGUCGAGAACGCCUGCCACGCGGCCGAGGAAGACAGUUAUGUGGCCACUAUCGAUCGAGCCAUCCCCGCCGUCGCCGAGAAACUACGUGCCCUUUCGAGCCAACAAACUGCCGCCAACAUCUGGAUCGAAAGGGCGUUUGCUGAGCUUACGCAGCAGGUGCAGAGGCUGGAGAAGAGGAUGGACGAGCUCUCUAAAGCGUCGUACACUGUCACAAUCAGUUCGGGACGCAGCACUGUCGUACAACGGCUCGAGAUGCCGAAGCGCGGGCGACCGAGGGCGCCGGGCCGCGGGGCCCCUUCCCCCCAACUAUCUACUGGAGACGAAGAGCAGGGGGGCGUUCCCCAGCUUACCACAGCGUCUCUACCGCCGCCGCCGGCGGCGGUUGCGUCGAACGUGCCUAGGUUUGAGGUCCCUUUAGAUAUUCGCUCUAUUCCGGAUCUGUGGCUCCUGUGGAGAUACGGAAGGGCUGGCAUGCCUUCAAUCGAGUCACUCGAGGCUAACUAUGGUGCUGCUUGGCGCCCUAAGUCGCAGAAGUCCGUCUUCUGCGGUCGAAAGGCAAUCGUCGAUGUCAGAGUGCAGUAUGGGGCAGCUGCGCUGUGACCCACAUAUAACCCACAGGAUUGCAAGUCGGAGCGACUUGCGAUUCGACACCCUUUUUCAGGGAGAUACGACAUAGCCGAGUGGGUUGGUUGUGCGCGUAUCCUCACAGUCGACUUCAUCCUGGGCAAGUCGCGCGAGCGGGGUGGCGCAGAAAGCGCCGCCGUACAGUCGCGUGUUAUCGCGCAAAUUGAGGAGCUGUGCCCCAAGUGGUCUCUUGACAAGGUCACGAAGGCUAUCAAGAACGGGGAUCUGGAGCGUAGAUGGCCGCCGGAAGCG